AUGACUAAUGGAACUCUUGAUACAUCUUCAACUCCAACAAUUUCUCGCACUGCAUUUCAUGAGGAUGAUUAUACUCAUCCAUGUCAUCCUCUCUAUGUUCAUCCAUCAGAUGUUUUGAGGACCUCGUUAGUAUCCACCCCGUUUGAUGGAACAGGAUAUGGUAGUUGGAGGCGUAAUGUCCUUGUUGCACUCUCAAUUAGAAACAAACUAGAUUUUAUAAAUGGAAAUUCCCAGAAGCCUUCACCUGUUUCACCUCUUGCCAGACAAUGGCAGAGGUUUAAUGACCUUGUCAUCUCCUGGUUAGUAAACUCCUUGUCUAAGGAAAUAUCUCACAGUGUGGAGUAUUCAGAAUUUGCUAGGGAAAUUCAGAACGAGUUAGAAGAGAGAUAUGGUAAGGCCGAUGGUGUUGAAGUCUUUGAACUUAAGAAAGAGAGUAAUAUUCUGAUGAUGAAGCCUCUUCCUUCAAUUGGGGCUGUGUAUAGCAUCAUAUUAUCUGAUGAGAAACAGAGGAAUGUGUCUUCUGGGACUCAGUUUCCUUCUACCUCUGCAUCUUUUAGUGCUGGGGUGUUCAAGCAGUGUUAUCCUUCUAAGGUGAAUUUUGAACCAUCUAAACCAAGUGUCACAUACAAAAACUGUAAGACACCUGGCCGUACUAUAGACAAGUGCUACAAACUCCAUGGUUAUCCCCCAAAUUUCAAGUUUACUAGAUCUCCUAACCUCAGAAAGACUGCUGCACAUGUUGAACUUACCAGUCAUGCUAAAUUUGGGACUGGUGACAUAUUUACUGAGCAUGGUACUCUUUCACAGUCCGAAGAUAUGUCUGAUAUCUCUGGACUUACCAAGGAUCAAUAUUCUCAAUUGACGUUGUUGCUUCAACAAUCACAUCUAUCUCCUUCUCCAUCUACAAGAAGCCGAGAUCCGUCUAAAUCUCGUGCUGAGAAUUCGAUCAAUCCUUCUAAGGUGAAUUUUGAACCAUCUAAACCAAGUGUCACAUGCAAAAACUGUAAGAAACCUGGCCAUACUAUAGACAAGUGCUACAAACUCCAUGGUUAUCCCCCAAAUUUCAAGUUUACUAGAUCUCCUAACCUUAGAAAGACUGCUGCACAUGUUGAACUUACAAGUCAUGCUGAAUCUGGGACUGGUGACAUCUUUACUGAGUAUGGUACUCUUCCACAGUCUGAAGAUAUGUCUGAUAUCCCUGGACUUACCAAGGAUCAAUAUUCUCAAUUGAUGUUGCUGCUUCAACAGUCACAUUUGUCUCCUUCUCCAUCUACAAGAGUACAAAAUUAG